AUGGAACGAAGGCGGAGGCAUCGGAAUCUGGUUAACUGGCUCAACCAAGGAGGUCAACAUGCGAUACAUGCUCAAAGCAGGAAUGGUAGCAUAGCACUGAUCUUUGCCGCGAGUGCGGCCCAAGCUCAGGAGAAGAUCUCGAUUUACCACUGGUUCGAGUACAUUCCGCAGGAGCUGCUCGACAAGUUCGCUGCCGAAACGGGGAUCGAGGUGACCAUGGACACCUUCGAUUCCAACGAGGCCAUGCUCGCCACGCUCAAGGCCGGCAAGCUCGGCUCCUACGACGUGGCGGUGCCGGGCGAUUAUAUGGUCCAGAUCAUGGCGGGCGAAGGCAUGCUCGACACACAUCGCCGAGGGCGAGCUCGCCAACUUCGCCAACAUCGAGCCGCAAUGGGUGGACGUGCCCUUCGAUCCGGGCCGCAUGCACUCGAUCCCCUAUCAGUGGGGCUCGACCAGCUUCUCGGUGAACCGGGACGUCUAUGCGGGCGACAUCAACGACACCAGCAUCAUCUUCGACCCGCCGGAGGAGGUGAAGGGCAAGAUCAACGUCCUGGACUCCCAGGGCGAAGUCAUGUUGCUGGCAUCCCUCCACCUCGGCAUUCCGCAAUGCUCGACCGAUCGCGAGCAGCUCAGGCGCUCGACGCGCUCUUGCAGUCCGCCAAGCCGCACUGGGCCUCCUUCGGCUCCGACAUCGCCAAGGACGUGCUCGUCUCCGGCGAUGCCGCGGUGGGGAUGAUCUGGAACGGGUUCUCCGCCAAGGCGCGCGCGGAGGGCGCCAACAUCGAGUACGCCUAUCCGCGUCAGGGCUUCGUCGUCUGGAUGGACAAUGUCGUGCUCCUGAAGGACGCAGCGAACCGGGCGAGCGCGAUCAAGUUCAUGGAUUUCCUGCAUGGAGGCCGGAGAUUCGCGCGGUCUACCACUACGCGCGCUAUGCGGCGGGCGGUCGAGGGCGUCGCGCGCCGCUAUCUGGAUCCGGAGCUGCUUGCCUCGCCGCGCAUCCGUUCCGCGGCCUGCCAUGCAGCCCGCCGGCACCUUCGUCGCGGUGUGCGACCAGGCGACGCAGGAGGUCUACGACACCAUGUGGACCCGCCUGAAGAAGUAGACGUCCGUUUCCUAAUGCCGGGCGGCGCGCCUCAACGGGGCGCGCCGCUCCGGCUCAACCUGCCGCGACCAGUCGGGUGA